AUGCCUUGGCUGUCGGAGCCCUCCCGGCAGCACCCCAGGGAGGGAUCUGGGAGACGUGUGGCUGAGAAACAGAAAUUCAGGAGAAAGGGACAGCAGAGAGCCGUCAUAGUCGGCCACCUAAUGUUCACCAAGAGCCAUGGGCUGCCUUUAGAGGUGAGCCUCAGUAGAGAGGCGCAGUUGAACGCCCUGGCUCAGGGCAUGGCUACCUGCACCUGCUCAGCACUUGCACUGUGUUCGAGAGGCCUCCGAGCCGUCCCUCGCCACAAAUUCAGUUCGACGGGAAUACAGACAGUUGUCUGCGGCCUUCUCGUGGCUUGGGUUGUUCCCAAACCGUCGCAUGGAUCUGGACCUGAGAGGUACCGAAGGAAAGUGUGCCGUUCUGAACAAGUUGAUGUCAUCUCUAUGAGCAGGAAGGAAGAUCCAGGGAACUACAGGCUGGUCAGCCUCACCUCAGUCCUCAUCAUGAAGGUGAUGAAGAAAAUCCUCCUGAAAAGCAUUUCCAAACACAUGAAGGACGGGACGAUCUCACUGCUGGUGGGAUUCAUCAGUGUAAAUAAUUCUCCAUGGACGGAUUACAGUGCAUACAGCUACUUUCAGAUUGUCACCAUGUGCGACUUGGUUAUGAUUUUGUUCUUCUACGUUAUCCACAUUUUCAGAGUCUACAGGAAGCUCACUUGUGUUAGCUGGCCACUUGCGGAGUUCCUUCAUUAUUUAAUCGGUACAAUUCUGCUUCUCAUCGCAUCGAUUGUAGUAGCAUCCAAGAGUUACAAUUUGACUGGACUUGUGGCUGGAGCGACUUUCGGGUUCCUAGCUACGAUCCUUUGUGUUUUAAGCAUAUGGUCAUCCUACAAGGUUUCGUGCAUCACACAGUCAACAAGUAAGUAUCAUGUGCCAGAAUGCUUCCCAAAAUGA